UACAUUGAAAUAUUUGAACAACCCAGGCAAAGGGGCAUGCGUUUCAGAUACAAAUGUGAGGGAAGAUCGGCAGGCAGCAUUCCAGGAGAACACAGUACUGACAACAAUAAGACGUUCCCUUCCAUACAGAUUCUGAACUAUUUUGGAAAAGUCAAAAUAAGGACUACACUGGUAACGAAGAACGAACCCUACAAGCCACACCCUCAUUAUCUGGUUGGAAAAGACUGCAGAGAUGGCUACUACGAAGCAGAGUUUGGGCCCGAACGGCGAGUCCUAUCUUUUCAGAAUUUGGGCAUUCAGUGUGUGAAGAAGAAGGAGCUGAAGGAAUCGAUUUCUUUACGAAUCUCAAACAAGAUUAACCCCUUCAAUGUGCCUGAAGAACAGCUGCACAACAUCGAUGAGUAUGAUCUCAAUGUUGUCCGCCUCUGCUUCCAAGCUUUCCUCCCCGAUGAACACGGCAACUACACGUUAGCUCUUCCUCCUUUGAUUUCCAACCCCAUCUAUGACAACAGAGCUCCCAAUACAGCAGAAUUGAGAAUCUGUCGCGUAAACAAGAACUGUGGAAGUGUAAAAGGAGGAGAUGAAAUAUUUCUACUGUGUGACAAAGUUCAGAAAGAUGAUAUAGAAGUCAGGUUUGUCUUGGACAACUGGGAGGCCAAAGGUUCCUUCUCACAAGCUGACGUUCACCGUCAAGUUGCAAUCGUGUUCAGAACGCCGCCGUUUCUCAAAGACAUCACCGAGCCCGUCACGGUGAAGAUGCAGCUGCGAAGACCUUCAGACCAGGAAGUCAGUGAACCUAUGGAUUUCCGAUACCUGCCAGAUGAAAAGGAUCCAUAUGGCAACAAAGCAAAAAGGCAAAGAUCAACGUUGGCUUGGCAAAAGCUCAUACAGGACUGUGGAUCAAAUGUGACCGAGAGGCCCAAAGUAGCUCCAUUCUCCGCUGUCGCUCCUGAAGGGAAGCUGAUUAAGAAAGAACCAAACAUGUUUUCACCCUCCCUGAUGAUGCCAGGGUUGGGAACCCUGGCCACCAACCACAUCUACCCUCCCUGCAACCAGAUUCCCCACCAGCCCGUGCAGGUGGGGCCGGGGAAGCAGGACACGCUGUCCUCGUGCUGGCAGCAGCUGUACAGCGGCCCCUCGGUGGCCGGGGGCCUGCUCAACGCGCACCCGCAGAACAGCUUCGCGGCGGAUGUGCCUCAGCCGGCCGCUCAGGGUGGCAGCUCCAUCCCGACUUUCCACGACAACCCCCUGAACUGGCCCGAUGAGAAGGAUUCAGGCUUCUACCGGAAUUUCGGCAGCGCCAACGGGAUGGGAGCGGUGGCGGCGCCGGCCGCAGACAUGCAGAGCGUUUCGAGUAACAGCGUGGCGCACCAGGCGCACGCCGUCAGCGUCUCCACGGCCAGCAUCGUCAGCAUGGAGACCGAUGACAUGAACUGCACUAGCGUAAACUUUGAGAAGUAUAACCCCGUGUUAAACACCAGCAACCACAGGCAGCAGCUCCACCAGGUGCCUCCAGCGUGCCCGCCCGUAGCCGCCCCGGGCAGCGCGCCUUUUAACUCGCAGUCUAACUUAGCCGACCCCGCGGUUUACGGUUUUAUAGACCAAGAAGUCUUAAGCGAAUCGAGACUAUCCACCAACCCCAUCCCAAACCAUCAGAAUAGCAUUGCAGAUAACCAGUACUAUGACACCGACGGUGUCCACGCUGAUGAGCUCUACCAGUCUUUCCAAUUCGAUAACAUAUUACAAAGCUAUAACCAUUGA